ACAAAAACAGCUCAGAUUCUAAUUUACAGAGAGAACGUUACCGAAUUAGUAUUGACCAACAUUUUUGGUGUCCCCAUUUAUAUGUCACCGCAUCCUUCCUUUGGAUCCUAUACCUACUCAUAUAAUACUAUACUCCACCGUAGCACCAAGCCGUUGAGUUGUUACACACAUUAUCAAAACCCAAUGGCUCAAUCUAUCUUCUCCUCCACACUCUCUUCUUCUUCUUCCCCAUUCGCUCAUGGUUUUCAACCUCCGAACCUCAAUUUCCAAUCCCGUUCCAUUACUUAUCCUAUUCAGAGAACCACUUCCAUUGCUGCCGCUAACUUUACCAUUUCGCCUACUGUACUACCUUCUGUUAAAUCCAUUUCACAGAUAAUUGAAUCGCUGAUUAAUGGUGUUGAUUUAUCGGAAGUUGAAGCUGAAUCGUGUCUUGAAUUAUUGUUGAGUGAAGGCAAUGAAGCUUUGAUUAGCGCCGUUCUCGUUCUUUUGAGAGCUAAAGGAGAGACUGAUGAAGAAAUUGCGGGGUUGGCGAGAACUAUGAUGAAACAUGCUAAGAAGGUUGAAGGUUUGGUUGAUGCGGUUGACAUUGUUGGCACUGGAGGGGAUGGUGCAAACACCGUUAACAUUUCAACUGGAGCUUCCAUUCUUGCUGCUGCUUGUGGUGUAAAAGUUGCAAAGCAAGGUAAUCGAUCUAGUUCUUCUGCCUGUGGAAGUGCUGACGUGUUAGAAGCAUUGGGAAUUGCUAUUGAACUGGGUCCUCAGGGGGUUAAAGAGUGUGUGAAUGAAGCGGGAAUUGGGUUUAUGAUGUCCCCAAUGUAUCACCCUGCAAUGAAUAUUGUUAGGCCUGUAAGAAGGAAGCUAAAAGUAAGAACUAUAUUCAAUACAUUGGGUCCGAUGUUAAACCCAGCGCAGGUUCCUUUUGCAGUUGUUGGUGUAUACACCGAAGACUUGGUCUUCAAAAUGGCUAAAACACUUCAUAGAUUUGGCAUAAAAAGAGCUUUAGUCGUCCACUCUGAAGGUUUGGAUGAAAUUAGUCCUCUUGGACCUGGUCUAGUGCUUGAUGUUACUCCAGAAAAGAUUGAUAAGUUCUCAUUUGAUCCCUUGGAUUUUGGCAUUCCUCGGUGCAAUCUUGAAAGCUUACGAGGUGGUGACCCAGAAUACAAUGCAGAAGUUCUCAAACGUGUUCUAGGUGGAGAGAAAGGACAUAUUGCAGAUGCUCUUGUUCUCAAUGCUGCAGCAGCUCUAAUGGUCAGUGGCUUUGUGAGGAACCUAGCUGAAGGGGUAUCCUUGGCGCGUGAAACACAACAAUCAGGAAAAGCUAUUCAGACUCUCAACCAUUGGAAGGAUAUCUCAAAUAAAAUAAAAGAUGAUGUGGCCCAUAUAGUAUUACCUGACUCAUAUACGUGAAUCAAGUGCAAACCAGAUUGAAGGAGCCUCUAUUACUGUACAUGUAUUGCUCAAUAGAUAUACAACAAUGAUUCAAAUUGGUAUCAGCGGUAGAAAGGAUUAUUGAUUGUAAAAUGUAAUUUUCUAGUUUACGAGUGAAAUUGUAUCUAACAAGAUUAAGGAAUAUUGUAAUUGUGUUUCAAUUAUAGAUAAUAAAAAUAGUUAUUUCAUUUCUGAAUA